AUGCUCACACCACGUUUUUCCGUUGACCAGAAUGACGAGUUUGUCUUCGUCAAUAUCAAACUAUCAAGUAUACGAUUUUCGGCCAGAAACGUGGAAAUUGUUAUAGAUGAUAACCUUUUUAUUUUCUCACUUCCACCAUACUAUCUUCGACUCCGAUUUCCCGGCCUCUUACUUGAAGAUGAGCGGGUGAAAUCGUCGUUUGUGCCAAAGGAAGAGAGUAUCAAAAUUCAAAUUCCCAAGAAAACCACAGGAGAGCAUUUUGAUGAUCUUGAUCUCACUGCAAAACUUUUGGCAAGAUUAAACGAGCCAACAGCAGGGGUGGUACCUGGAAAUGGGGCUGAAUCCAAGCGCCCGUUAAUUGAAGAAGUUGAUGAAGGGCAAAGCGUGCCGAGCAUGAAAGAUUUGCAAAAGGAAGCGGAGAAUUUCAACUGGGAAGUCGAACAAAAGCCGGCUGCAGAAUUAAGUGCCGAAGAACUCGCAGGACAUCCCAAAUACGGAUUUAACAAUGCGUACAACGACAUGAUAAAUGCAACACUUGCCAAUGGUAACGAUAUUAAUGAGCUUGCGAACCCGGAUGAGUUGAAACCGGACGAUCGAAUUACUCAGCGCUUAAUCCAGGAAAACCUUAAGUUUGAUCCUGAAUAUUACGCCAGCGACUACCUAAUAGCCAAGUAUGAGCCGGAAAAUUGCAGAAUAAAGGACAUUUUGGGCUGGCAAAGCCCGUACAAGAGGUUAUUCGACAAGUAUCAGUCGAAACUUGCCGCUAAGCCAGGUAUAGGGCAUGUGCCAAUAGAAUUUGACCAAGCAGAAAAAGACCACAUGGCAGAUCUCCCGCGUAAAUCGUACUUGGUUGAUGAUCCCCGCCCAAUAUACUACACGAUUGUAUGUUUGUUGUUUGCUUACUGCUAUGAGAUCAGAUCGAACGAGGGAGAUAGCACUGUUGAAAGUGGAUGGAGUAUCGGAAAGCUGACUCCUCAGCUUUCUUGCCUUGAUUCCCAGCUUUUGCAGUCAACCAACUUCACGGAAAAGAGCAUGCUUCGUGUUGUUGUGCUAACUAUGGAGAGACGGGCACUUUCUUAUCCGCUAGUGCGAAACUACGAACUCGUGAAGGAUUGUUGGAAUGAUGUGUAUUACGUUUUGCGAUGCGGGAAAAGGGGUGUCUUGAAAGCGAUACUGGCAGCCCGGGAGUUUUUCCGCUUCCAUGAUGUGUACUACAUCUAUUGCAAGAUACUGCUGGAUGAUCUCUGCAGCUGGAUUUUGAGAGAUGAUGGUUGCAAUGAGCGAAUUCUCCGUAAUUUGGCACAUGCUCUUCGGAAAGAGGCCGAAUCCGUCGGUAAAAAGGACGUUGUUUUCGAAAAGAUCAUAACGGAAGAUUCCGAUGAGAUGGAACCAGUUAGCAUUGACGAAAUAGAGCAAUUGGCUGAGGAAUCGUACAGAGCAUCUCAGUCAACCGUUUAG